UUAAUAAAAUAAAAACAAAAAAAAUGAUACAACUUAAACAUACCAAAACCUUAGACCAAAACUAAUAAUAUGAGAAAUUAGAAAGGGUUUUAUAUGUAGGUACUACGUUGUUUACUACUACCUACUUUGUUUUUUUUUUAUAAUCGAAAUUUUAAUUUAAACUAUUUACAUCAUUGAAUCGUUAGUGACAAAGUGAAACAUGCUAGUGCGAAGCUCGUGAGUAGAUUGGCCGGGUACAGUGCAGAACAUUCAAUGAGGAAAGCGGUAUAGAACUAAUAAAAGAGUCUAUGAAACGAGGAAUAAACUAUUUGGAAACUGGCCGUUGGUAUGGUCAAGGAAGUUCGGAGAAAACUAUCGGAAAGGCUCUACAAGGCGUACCCAGGGAUUCGUUCUACAUAGCCAGCAAGGUUGGAAGAUAUGAGAAAGAAACUACCAAGAUGUUUGACUUUUCCGCCGAAAGAACCGAAAUAGGCGUGGAUAAUACAUUGCAGCUCCUUGGUUUAGAUUACGUUGAUUUAAUUCAGGUUCAUGAUGUCACGUUCGCUCCAGAUACAUCGGUAAUUUUGAAGGAAACCUUACCCACUCUGGAACGUGCAGUCCGUGAUGGAAAAGCACGUUUCAUUGGCUUAGCUGAUUAUGACAUAGAUCUGAUGCAAGAAAUCGUUGAGGAAUCAGAAAUCAAGAUAUCAACUAUAUUGUCUUACGCUAAAUCAACUCUGUUUGAUAACAGGCUACAAAACUACGUUAAGUAUUUUAAGGACAAAGGCAUCGGUAUAAUUAAUGCCGCGGCCACUGGUAUGGGGCUGCUUACCAACAAAGGGCCUCAACCAUGGCAUCCAGCAAGCGAUGAUAUAAAAGCUAUCUGUAAGAAAGCCUCCGAGUUCUGUAAGGAACGUAACGUGGAACUAGCCAGAAUAGCGACUUGGUUCACAUUAAACCAACCAGGCAUAGACACCAACAUCUGUGGUUUCUACAGCUUAGAGCAAAUGGUGGAUACCCUCGGAGUGCUACAGGAGGGUUUGACUGAUCACGAAAAGGCAGUACUUGCUGAGGUUCAGAUGAGAUAUUUUGAUAAAAUCACUCUGCAUUGGGAUGAUGUGGAACUACCUGCCCACAAAGCCAAGCUAAAUGAAUUAGAAGAUAACCAGUAGUCUGCCAAAUACCAAAGUCACUUAUUUUAAUUUUAUUAUUAUGUGUUAGUAUUUAAGAUUAAGAUGUAAUACUCCAAUAAAAGUCAUAAUAUUUAUUGA